AUGGAAACAAAAGCCUUAGAUAAAGUAAAAAUUAGAGUAAAGUAGUAAAGAAAACUCAACCAAGCAGUUAGAUGGAUCAUUGGGCAGCCGAGCUCAUGGCAAGGUUUAUGAGAUUGACCACAUAGAAUAGUACUCACUUAGAUUCAUGUACUCCAAAAAGUCGCCAAGGAAUGGUCAAAAGAUCGGUAAAAGAUCGGCGAACUAGGAUCUAGUUAUAAAGCCCACUGGGCACACUCUGGUUUCCCACAUCUACUCUUCGGUGGCCUGAAUCCUGAACACCUUCUGCCUGACUGUCCUGCACACACAACUAGAGAGAGAGAGAGAGAGAGAGAGAGGAUCUAAUGGAGUACGAACGGAUUCACAAAGUUCAGACUGGUAUUAUUUCUCCAAGUAAAUUGAGGAUGAAGCUAAUGGGGCAUCAAAGUCAGAAAAAGAAAGAGGGAUCGAACUCUUCAAGAACAUCGCCUUCCAAGCUUGAGGAUUCUGAGUUUGCCAAGAACAGUUUGUUGGCCACCAAGAGUGGAGACUUUGAUGAGGAAGUUUCCAGUUCAGAAGUUUCAUCAGUCAAAUUAUCAAGCAAUGCGAUGCCAGAAGCUGGACAAGCUGAUCUGAGUACUUUCCAGCCAAAAGAAAAUACUAAACUGCAGCAAUUUUCAAAGAGCGACAACGGUAAUUCAAGUUCAGUUCAUCCUGUGAGGUCACUAGACGAGGAAAAUCUUGAUUACGAUAGCAAUGCCAGUUCAUCUAGCUUCGAGUUUCACAAAGGAGAAAGGACACUGCAAAAUCCCUUGACCAGAUCACUGUCACGAAAUAUGCCAUCCAAGUGGAAUGACGCGGAGAAAUGGAUUAUGAACAAGCAAAAUGUGCAAAACAGUUAUUCCAAGAAAUCACAUAUGCAAAGCCAAGUGAACAAGUUACCGGUGACAAAUACGGUUAGGGUUGCACCGGAGUCUGGGGGUUAUGAUCAGAAGUUGGCGGUUAAGAGGGUUGAUUUCUGUCAACCGACAUCUCAAUUUGGCAUGGAGAAGUUCUCUUUUGUACCCUCUGCCAGUCACCCUAUUCACGGUCAAGCCAGUGGGGCAAAUGUGGGGGUUGAUCUCUGUCCCGAAAGCAAGGAUUUGAAGGAAGUGGACAAUGAGGAUUCAUCUUGUACUAAGAGUACUUCAACUGAAGAUGCCACAGGUGUUCCUGCCAUAAGAUCAGUCUGCAUGAGAGACAUGGGAACAGAGAUGACCCCUAUUCCAAGUCAAGAGCCUUCAAGGACCGCCACCCCCGUUGGGUCCACAACGCCAUUCCGCAGCCCAACUUCUUCGAUCCCAUCCACUCCUCGUAGAGGAGCACCGGCCUCCACCCCUACCGGGCAAACCACCGACGAUGAGUGUCAAGACCCAACAAAGAAAAGCAAAAGAGGAUUGUCAGAAGAAGAACUAAAGCUCAAGACAAGGAGGGAGAUAGUAGCCCUAGGUGUCCAACUAGGUAAAAUGAAUAUCGCUGCUUGGGCAAGUAAAGACGAGAAGGAAAAGAAUGCCCAUGGGGAUGAAAUGGACGUGGCAAUGAGAGAACAGAUUGAAAUCGAAAAACGUGCAGCUGCGUGGGAGGAAGCUGAGAAAUCUAAACACACUGCAAGAUAUAAGCGUGAGGAAAUCAAGAUCCAAGCAUGGGAGAGUCGGCAGAAAGCCAAACUAGAGGCGGAGAUGAGGAGAAUAGAGGCCCAAGUUGAACAGAUGAGAGCAAAUGCUCAAGCAAAGAUGGUGAAGAAGAUUGCAAUGGCACGGCAAAUAUCAGAAGAAAAACGGGCUGCAGCUGAAGCAAAAAGAGAUCAAAGUGCCAGGAAAACUGCUGCUCAGGCAGAAUACAUCCGCCAAACCGGUCGCAUCCCAUCAGCCCCCUUCAUCUGUUGCGGUUGGUUGUUAUAAAAUCAGAAAAAAAUAAAGCUAUUGCAGAUAUGAAAUUGCAUCUCCAUACAGUUUCUUGGCUGCCUUAGCCCUCUUCUGUACUCUGCUAUGGAUUUCCUUGCAAAAGGAAUGUUGUCAUUUCAGUUAACCAUCCUUGUAUUUACAUGGUGGAUGAGGCGCCCCUUUUACGGUUGCGAGUUUCUGUUUCUGCUUCUCAUAUUUUGUCAUUACCAGUUCGACAGUAGAAAGAUCUGAUUGUACAUGAGAUGUAUCUGCAACCCCUGAUUGUGAAAAUAUUGAAACAAGAUCAUUUUGGAGCAUAAA